AGCUCCGGCUGGCGGGUGCCAAAGAUGGCGGCCUCCGUCAGUGAGCUGUUGCGGGAGAUCGCCGAGCUGGAGGAGCCGCUUGAGGAACUCCGGAGCCUCAAGACCGUCGUCUACUCGCUGCCUCUCACUGCCCUACGCGACCUGGCUGUUGGUCUGCGCUUUGGGGUCUUGUUCGCUCUGCUCGACAGCAACGACGACAGGGAACAGAUUGAUACGUCUGUUGCGAUUCUUGAUCGACUUCUCCAAGCUUUGGAUCCGGUCUACCUGGCUGAAAAUUUCAGAGUCGAAUUGCAAAAAGGACUUCAGCAUUCGGAUGAUAAUGUUAAAAUCCUGGCAAUGUCCCAAAUUGGUCGGAUUGUUGAAGAUGCAAAUGCAAUGCCAUUAAUUCUUGGCUCACCCGAGUUGCUCAAAGAGAUGAUUCACAGCAUUGGUGGAAAGAAAAUAUCUGUUGCAAAAGAGGCAAUCAAAUCCCUUUCUAAAGUGUCCCAGAGUAAAGCUGGACUUGAUGCAUUGUUCAUGACCAGUAUGCUACAGGAUUUAAAAGAUGUCAUGGCAAUCAAUGAUGUGGUGCGAUACAGGAUCUAUGAGCUAGUGGUGGAAAUUUCAUCUGUGUCACCUGCCUCCUUGGAUUAUUGUGCCAACAGUGGUUUGAUCAGUCAGUUACUCACUGAGCUCAUAGGGGAUGAUGUUCUGAUCAGAGCAACCGCUAUAGAGAUGGUUACUGGACUUGCUCAGAGUCAGCAUGGACGACAAUACCUUGCUCAACAAGGCACCAUUGAUAGAAUCUCAAAUAUGAUCAUUGGUGCAGAGUCAGAUCCUUUCUCUGGCUUUUAUCUACCAAAUUUAGUGAAAUUCUUUGGAAAUUUGGCAAUGGUUGACAGUCCUCAACAGGUCUGUGAGCGUUAUCCUGCUUUUAUUGAGAAGGUGUUUGAGAUGAUUGAAGGGCAGGAGCCAACCAUGAUUGGAGUUGGUUUGGAUACCAUUGGAAUUCUUGGAUCAUGUAUUGAAGGAAAGCAAGUCCUACAUAAAACAGGUAGCAAAUUCCAAGAAAUUCUGAGAAGACUGGGUUCCAUUUCAUGCAAUGCUUCCACUGACUUACGGGUGCGCUGCCUCGAUACAAUUGCUUCUCUCCUCUCUCUGUCGAAUGACCAGCAGACAGAGGACCUUCUAGGAAUGACGGAGUCCUGGUUCCAUGCUCUGCACAGCCACCCAAUGGAAACAUUCUGCAAUAUGAACUCUCAGCCAUUCCCAGAAAUUCAUAUUAGCACAUUGAAGAUCUUUACUGCGAUUGCCAGCCAACCCUGGGGCCAGAGGCUGAUGAUCAGCACCCCAGGAUUUGUGGAGUACAUUGUCGACCGGUCAGCUGAACCUGACAAACCUUCGAAGGAUGCCAAGUUCGAGUUGGUAAAAACUCUUGUGGAUUCCAAGACAACAGCUGAAAUCUUUGGGAACCAAUAUUACCUUCAACUCCGAGCUUACUUGCGGGAAGGCCCUUACUUUGUGAAAGCAGUUGCAACAGUUGCUGUGGAUGGAGAGUAAUCAACCAAACGUUUGAUCAUUAAAAACAAUGUUAGAAGAGAGAAAAAAGUCUUUAAAUGAACCAUUAACCCAUUUUUGUAAAGACAUGCCCCAAGGAGCUUGGCCACCAAAGCAAGUUUCAAUCAAGUGGAAUUUUUGAACUGGAUGAUUGCCUUGCUCUUUCCUCUUAGCUUCCAGUCUACAUAAAAAUGGUAUGUCAUGGAGCUUGAUAUAGUAUAGAAGCCAGAUACAUUGAGAUUUCAGGCCACAAUGGUAUGUUUUCUCAUACAUUGUCCAUGUGACUCUCUCCAGCUGCGAAUUAGUUAUUUAGUAAAAUGUAGCUUUUAAAAUUUGUAAAGUAAAGUCUGCAAUUUUUCUUGGGUUGAUGCUGUUUGUGGUUCUCAGUCACAAAGUUACUGGGAACCUUUCACAGCAGCUCCCAUAUACGCAGCAAGUUUCAAUUAAAAUGUACUUUUGCAACCUGUGACAA